UCCAAAUGGGUAGUUCGAAUUGCAAUGGUUGCAGAUCGUGGGUGGAUGAUAUUUACUGGACCCAUUUUCAGUUCCUCCAUUUUGUGCAAUUUCUCCGUGCUGGAUAUGAUCAAGGCCUUGCACUUCCAAAAGCAUUUUCAGAUAAUUUAAAGAAGAAACUGCCAGAAAAUGUGUUCCUUAAAGGUCCUGGUGGCGUUGUGUGGAAUGUAGGACUGACAACUAGAGAUGAUACCUUGUACUUCACGCAUGGUUGGCAACAAUUUGUGAAAGAUCAUGCUUUGAAAGAGAAUGAUUUCCUGGUCUUUAAGUACAAUGGUGAAUCUCAGUUUGAAGUUUUAAUAUUUGAUGGGGGGAGCUUCUGUGAGAAGGCAGGUUCUUAUUUUGUUCGAAAAUGUGGGCACACUGAAGUAACUGAACAAGGGGGUGGAUGUCUUGAAAACAGAAGGCACAGUGAUAAUUCUCAGGAGGAAGUUAAUACCCCUUCAAAUGCUGAUGUUGAAUGUGCUUCACCUGACAAAUCUAUGCAUAUCAACGGUACAGAGGAGCCGGUAGUUGUGCCUUCUCAAAGUCCUAGUGAGAAGAUUUUAAAUGCUGGUGUUGAAUCUGCUUGCCACGAGCAGUUUAUGGCUAAUGGAGUCACCAAGUCAGAAUCUGUUCCCCCCAAACCUACCAAUAAAAGGAUCAGGAACCAUGUUUCUGCUGUCAAGCGCAUUCAGACUAAGCGGAGAGGAAGACCACCAAAAACUUCUAGUUCUCAUGAGAGAACACUUAACUUGUUGGCUGAAUCUGAACCAGUUUCUGUGGGUUCAAGUGGGAAAUCUGAAAUAUUUACCUCAAAUAGAAGGCCUGUCACAGAAAAUGAGAUUAAAAAUACCCUCCAGUUGGCCCAGGCAGCAUGUACCAACAAUAGUUUGCUCAUAGUAAUGCGACCGACGCAUGUGUACAAGAGAUUCUACUUGUCACUCCAACUUAAGUGGAUGGCACAACUUACACCCUCAGGAUCUCAAGAACUGAUUUUACGCAUGGGAAUGGGUGAAUGGCUUGCCAAAUUCACUGUCCAUAACUGUCGCAAUAGUGGAGGACUCACACGUGGGUGGAAACAAUUUGCCUUGGAUAAUAACCUUGAAGAGUUUGAUGUCUGUGUGUUUGAACCAGCUGGCCACAUGAACAAUGUUUUGGUUUUGGAUGUGACCAUUUUUAGAGUUGUUGAGGAAAUUGUUCCUGUUACUGCAGCUACUAGUUCAGGAGGAAAAAAGGGUAGGAAACCAGUAACCAAGGCAUACACACAAAUUUAG